UCAACAUGGCUGAAAGAUAUACCAUCAAAAUGAUCACUCCUGAUACUAAAGAUUGGACCUGUAAGGUCCAAGUUGUUGAUAAAAGUCGACCAAGGGACAACAAAGAUAAAACUACAAAAUACCAAGUGUUAAUUCUGCAAGAUGAAGAGGAGAAUCAAGUUCAGGCCACUAUUUACAGUACUGAUAUAACAUAUUUUGAAAGAGAAUUUGCUCCUUUCAACACUUACUUGGUAUCUGUUGCACAUGUGAAAGUACCACCUCUUGGAUAUGAAAAUUCACUUAACAAAUUCAUUUGGACACUUGAUAAAAACACCAUUGUUGAACCAGUUGAAGAGGUCAAACCUCCAGAGGAUCCAUUACCACCACCAAGACGACUAGCUCUUACCACAUUUGACACUUUUGAGUAUCAACCCAAAGAAUUUGAAUUUGAUGUACUCGCCAUUGUCAUUAAUGGCAGUCCUUCAACAAGGACUACAACUGGAAAACGAAUUCAAGAGUUUAUUAUCAUGGACAAGCUGAAAAAACCAACAAAACUGACACUUUGGGAGGAUUUUAUUGAUCAUGAGGGACUUAAACUUUUCAACCAACUUCAUGAUUACCCAAUCAUUCUUGCUAGGAAAAUUGGGAAAUCAUCCUCAGGAACGUCGAAUAGAUUCGUUGGGUUGACGAGUAAAUUCAAUACAACAAUUCAAAUCAAUCCUCCAUAUCCACAGGCUGCUGAGUUAAGGACGUGGAUCAAAACAAUUGAAACAAAGCUUGUUUCUUACAAGAUGAAAAGUACAACUCCAAUAGGCUCUAUUAUGUUGAUUCCAUUUGAAGAUGAAGUUAUAUCUGUGGCUAACAUCCAGGCACAACCUCCAGGACAAGUAUUUAAUGUUGAGGCUGAAUUGUCCCUUGCAAGUAAAGAUCAAGGCUUUAGUGUGUUAGCAUGCUCAAAUUGUAAGCAAUUGUUCACAAGAUAUAAUGUGCGAAGGGAAAUAUACUGCACAAAUUGUCACCGAUCCACACAUCUUAUUCCCAGAUGUCAAUUUGAAGUUACUAUUAAGGACAACAGUGGUUUUGCAACAGCUAUUGUUUCAGAUGAAAUUGCAGAGAAAAUGUUGCGCCUCACUUCAGAAGAAAUUUAUGAAAUUUGCUUCGUCAAGAAAGAAACAUUAUCCCUCCAAAAUGUGGAAGAUGAAUUGAACGGCAAGAUAUUUAACAUUCAAAUAAAAAGGCUAUUCACAAAAAAAUUGGAUGCAAUGCAAAAAUUAUCCAUUUUGUCUUUCGUGGAGAAACAAGAUGUGAUUCUUAAAUCAAUGGCAUCUACGACAGUCAAUAUUACAGAUGCGAAAAAGCGCACAAUUGAACAUCUUAGUUCAGGGGAAAAAGAAUAUCCAAGCAUGGAAAUGAAAAUUCCUCCCAUGAAAAAGAAUUAAAAG